UUUUCUUGUCUGGAAGCUUCGCAGAGGCGCUGGGUGGGAGGGGCGAUUGCUUAGCUGCGCUUUAAAAUCCCCUUUUAAUAUUUAUUUUUUAUUUUUAUUUUUGCAACCACCCCCAAAAGCCACAGAUCUUGCGAGGGAGGCGGUGAGCUCGGCGUUUCUCUCUCCCCCCUCCUCUUAUACUUUUUUUCCCCCCUUUUCUUUUUGGGGUUUGCAAAUCUCCCCAGACUUUGGAUCCUCCACUGAGACGCAGCCCCAAGAAAUGAGCAUUGAGACGUUGUUAGAAGCGGCCAGGUUUCUGGAAUGGCAAGCUCAGCAACAGAAGACACGUGAGGAAAAUGAGAAGCGUGACAAGCUGAUCCUGGAACGCGAACAGGAGCAGAAGACGACCAGCGCACCAAGGGUUAACCACGCCAUUCACCCCGAGGACCUCCGCCAUGAAACCGCGGCGGCCCCCUUGCCUCUGCCUGCUCCGGCUCCUCCCCCGCCUCCCCCUCCCCCACUGGCAGCCCCCAUCUCGGUCAUCCCCAUCCCCGUGGUCAGCGCCCCCCCUCAGCCGAGGGUCCAGAGCACCUUGUCUCCCCCCCUCAUCCAGCGCCACCUCAUUAGCACGCCGGGCCUCGGCAAGGACCCCCCGCUGGUGGCGCCCGUGAUCCAGAAGGCCUCCGGCCCGCUCCUUCCGGACGUCAAGCCCCCCGUGCCCUCUUCCGGCAGCCCGAGCCAGCUGCCGCACUACGCCACGCCCGUCCUGGCCAUCCCCCAGCACCACAUGGUCCAGAAACCGAUCCAGCCCCAACCGCUGCCUCACCAGCCGCUGCAGCCGCACCAGGUUCCCCCUCAGCCCCUCAGCGUCAAGCUGGCGCCGUCGGAGGACGCCAAACCGAGCGAGCAGAAGAAGCGACCCGGAGGGGUUGGCACCAGGGAAGUCCAUAAUAAAUUGGAGAAGAACAGACGUGCCCACUUGAAGGAAUGCUUCGAGACCCUUAAGCGGAACAUCCCCAACGUCGAUGACAAGAAAACCUCAAACCUCAGCGUCCUAAGGAGUGCCUUGAGAUAUAUCCAGACCUUAAAGCGCAAAGAGAAGGAGUACGAGCACGAGAUGGAGCGGCUGGCGAGGGAAAAGAUCGCUACGCAGCAACGGCUGGCGGAGCUGAAGAACGAAUUGACCCAAUGGAUGGAUAUCUUGGAAAUUGACCGGAUUAUCCGACAGACGGUUCAGCCGGAGGACGAUCAAGCCUCCACCUCCACUGCUUCAGAAGGCGAAGACAACAUAGACGAGGACAUGGAAGACGACCGGCCAGUGAAUUCGUUGCCAAAACUCGCCCACCGCUCGCACCCCGAGCUCCUGAAAGCGGUGCCGCCCAUCGCCGCGGCCGCGCCCCACCCGUCGGUCCUGCCUCUCGCGCAGAAGCCCGCCCCGCCCCACGGGCAGCCCCCCCUCCAGCCCCAGGCGCUGGUCCCCGCACAGACUCACCUGGUGGCAGCUUCCACGGUGCAAUCGACGGUGAUUGCUCACACAGCCACCACCCACGCCUCGGUCAUCCAGACCGUCAACCACGUCCUGCAGGGCCCCCAGGCCAAGCACAUCGCCCACAUCGCGCCCUCCACCUCCAGCCCGGUCCAGCUGAGCACCACGGCGCAACCCAUCGGCCACAUCACUGUGCACCCGGCCACCCUCAACCACGUCGCCCACCUGGGCCAGCAGCUGCCCAUUUACCCGCAGCCGGUGGUCGGCCACAUCACCCACAGCAUUUCUCACCAGCAAGUGAACGGGACGGCCGGCCUCGGCCAGCCGGCGGUGGUGGCCAAGCCCGCCGUCGGGACUCCGGUGGUCCACCACCCGCAGCUGGUCGGCCAGACAGUCUUGAACCCCGUAACUAUGGUCACCAUGCCUUCGUUCCCAGUGAGCACCUUGAAGCUUGCUUAGGAAUUGCCAGUGGGGCUGAAAAACUCCGUACAUUCCAGCUGCCUCCCUCUUCCACGGCGCAGAGGGAGAGAGAGAGAGAGAAAGAA